AUGCAUCCUGACUUGUCUCCACACCUGCGCACUGAAGAAUGCAACGCCUUGAUUAACUUGCUAAAGGAAUGCCACAGAAAUUAUGCAGAAGAGAGGUCCAGGAGCAGGGAGCAUGGUGAUUUGAUGCAAACGAAACUCUUGAAUCCCCCAGAGGAGACUGGGAAAUGA